AUGGCAGCAAAGGCAGCAAAGCAAUACCAGACAAUAAAUCUUGACAACCAUGAUGACUCAGAAAUCAAGCGCGCAGUAUUAGACAGAACUAAGGCCUCUUAUGAUCGGGCAUUGGCGACUUUUGAUGACUUUCUCGAGCUACAUCCAGGGGCAUCUUGGCCACUUGAUAUUCGCUCCUAUAAGGGGUUCAUGGAGUUUGUGAGCAAGAAUAUGCCAGGCCGACUAGGGACGCACCCCACAUUGGAGACAGUGGAAUCCUUUCGUCGCAACUUUGAAGCUGGUCUUCUUUUGCGCCGUGACUUUAAGAUCCAAGAGCACAUGUCCACAACCAUUAAGGAAUGGAUAAGGAAAGAUCUCAGGGAUCUCGUCCCCCUCUCAGAUGCGGAAAUGGAUAAAGAUAGUCUUUCACCAAAUGACCUAAUGGUUCUUCUCACACAGCUCUGGUGUCGAGACUUUAAAGAGUACAGGGGAACGUGCCCUGAUCGCUCACGAGUUCAGCUAAGCGCCUCUUUGUUAUUAUACUGUUUUACAUCAGCAAGAACAGGCGAGGUACAUGAGUCAACAGCCCGGCGAGAAUUGUCACGCAAGCAAACCUCUACAGUUGGGCAGUACGAAGCAAGGGCUCUUGCAGCAUGUUACAAGCACUUCACUCUGACUAUUGAAAUGGUCGAUGGUAUGAAGAUGUUAGUUCUUACAUACUCCCGCCAAUAUGUGAAGGGAUUCUGGAGGAGAAAGCAUUGGCAGCGUCCUAUUCACGGCUUUUACGAGUUGUAUAGAGAACACACGCCCCUAUUUUUCAAUCUCUUGGUAUUCUUCUUGCCGUUGGCCUCUGCAGAUCGAGCCUUUCGAGAUUUCGAAUCCGUGAGCGAGAUCCUGGCUCUAGCUGAGUCUAUACAAAGCGGCGACAGUGAGAAAAUUCUGGCUACCAUAGAUUUCACGCCAGAAGUCCUGGACACUCCUGUGUUUCGACCCUUCAAUGAACAGGAAAUACAAAAGUCAACACGAAGGUCUCGUGGUGCGGACUCCUUUGGAAAAGAUUUUGCCGAGCUUGGGAACCGUGCAGGAUAUACACGCAAUGUUACUGCACGCGCUUGUCGUCGAUGGGCUUUGAUGGAGACCGAUAAGCAUCAUUCGGAGACUGCAAGGAUGAAGUUUGCGGGCCAUAUUCAGAGAGACACAUUCGGCAGAUCCUAUGCACACCCCGUUAGUGAAGUUGAUGGACCCGCAACAUAUUUGGGCAUCCUAACUCGCCAUGAGCAUAUACAAAACCGUCGAAGCAUGGGAAUGCAUCGAAUUCCGCAACUUUGGCAAUCACUCCCCGCUAAAGCCGAGUUUGAGUUUCUCGAGAGAGAAGAUGUUAUGUCUCUUGAUAAAAAGAUGGAUCAGCUCACCCAAGAAAUGGGGGACGUCAGGGAGCCAACCGAGAAACAUAGACUUCAACUGGAACAACACCGGAUAUAUAAUGAGAAGCAGAUACUGUACAAGCAAGAGCUCCGAAGAUUGCAGCAAACCCAGAGGAGAGGUUCGAUUACUCAGCAAGGUAGCAUAUUUGAACAGACCCUCUUUUCUUUUACAAGAAAAGUGAUGCCCGAGCGUGAUCUGCUUGCACAACUUCUCCCAAAGAAUGAGGGAUUGAGAAGUGCGACUGGGUUGAAAGUUCUUGCAGCUCUAGAAACCAUAUGCUCUGGUAGCAGCACAAGCAUUUACGGCGCUGGCAUGCAAGCUAUUGACGGGAAAUGCUUUUGCGGAAGCGCCCUCAGCGCCCCUGACAAUUUUUCACAGUCUUGCAUUGCAUGCUGUCAAUGGUUCUCAAACCCAGAACUCUGGGACUCACAUUGCGAGGCUCAUUUAAGUAGGCCUCAUGAGUUAAGUCGUUGCGACCUUAUAAUAUUCCGACAUGCCAUAGCAAAGGCGGCAUAUUGUCCAUUCUGCCUCGGUAGAACUGAUUUGAAGCCGUCACAGCGUAUGUGUCAAUUUCUCGAUCGCAGCAAAUGGUCAGACCAUAUCGAAUCCCACCUGAGUUCUCAGGUACUAUGUAACAGAUAUCAUUGCAGGCAUCCAGCAUGUUCAGUGGCUUUAACAAACUUGCAUGACUUACGGCACCAUCUGGAAGAUGUCCACUGUAUUCUACCAUUGCGCGGAAAGAAGAGAAAGCUUGAGUAA